UCCGUCAAUUUUUUGAAAAUUACAUUGACGACAAGAUUAAUGAAAUUGGACUUGCCGCUUUCCGACUAUUCGCCGUUUCCCAGGAGCUCUACAGCAGGUAGAGGCUAACUCGACAACAUGAUAGCUACACCGGUGCCAUCAGCUCCCCCAGGCAAUAACAGUGAUAGCAAAACACUCAAUGUGAGUAGCAAUACAUCAGGCAGUUCAGCGGGUAGUUCAGUUCUCAUCCGAUCAACCAAACCUCCGAUCAAAACGGACUCAUCCCUCUCAAGUCGUUCAGCAGAGAGAAGGUUGUCAUCAUCAAGUUUUUCCAGUACAAACUCACAGCGAGUGAGCAUCAAGGCUAAAUUUCUCAAAGAAGUGAAAUCUCCAUUUGAGGUAGACGGUCAGACAGAGCAAAUCAACAAUGAGUACAUACCACCAGCCCUGCCUGGCAACCUGCCAGCGGAUUAUGAACAAAGGAGAGAUAUCGCAGACACUAUAAAUCGCAAUCAGAGUGAACCUAACGUCUUGGGUCUUGACAACAACGAAGAGAACCAUCUGCCUGGAAAAGGAAGGAUCUCAACUGGUGAUGGCGCUACGUAUAAGAGCAUUAGAGUUGAACAGGUUGAAUCAACUGGGGAGAAAGUUGCAUUCCGUACAAACUCUAAGCCACCAUCGUCAUCAUCAUUGCUGAAGCAAGGUGCACCCACUUCAAGCCAUUCCAUCUUAUCCCAUCCUUCCGGUCCAAGCAACGACGUAAGAAUCACACAAUUUGCUCUUGGAGGGAAACAGAAAGUCUUGAAAGACCAGCUCCUGAAGAGACAGGAGCAGACUGCACCAGUCAAGAGAUACAUCCGGCCUACCAUGGUAGGCAGUGAUCAGCGGGUAUCCUCAUUGAUACACAGUCAUCCUGAAGGCAAUAUGGCGACUGAAAUCAAAGAUCCUACAACGGUGGCUGCAGUGACAGCUGCUGCAGUAGCUGCUACAGUCCCAAUUGUAAAGGCUCAGACUGACCUAGAAACCAAAAUGGACACAAUGAUGGAGAAGCUGGUUCUUCUCCAGGAGUUGACCAACAGAGGGCAGCAACACACCGCUGCGGAGCAACACACUGCCGCAGUGACAAACUCAAAUCAAGGUGGUGAACUGCAGAAGACACUGGAUGAGGUCAUGAACAAGAGACUGCAGCACCUGGAGAAGAUACAAGACAGGCAGAUGGAAUGGCAGGAGAAACUUAUGUCUGCAGCUUAUCAACCAAGACGGGAAAGUCAUUCUGCUACCUCUUCACACUCUCAUCAUACCAUGAAAUCUCAGCUUGAUUCAAACCACAUUGGGCCAGAAGAUAAGCAGCCUUUGAAGCAAGAGGAAAGUCGCAGGACCCAUCCAGGUUUAUCGGGGCAUGCAGCAUCCGCUGCAAGACCAGAGGGUAAGCAAGCUUUCAAAGAUCAGCAGAGAGGCUUCUCACAUGAAACCCUGGAGAAGAAUGCCGAAAGGCACAAGCGCUACACUCCAGCAGUCACUCUACACAGUAAUCCUGCACAGCAGUCUGCCAGAAAGGCUCCAAAUGAAGGACUAUUUUCAAGUGAUAAUGACACACCAUUAGAUAAGACUGCCCAUCAGCCGUCGCCACUAGACACACCUGCCCCUAGAAGGCAUGCUCCACGACCUCUGACACAGAAUGGACCUCCUAAAAUAUCUCAUGCUGGAAGAGGAUUACUUGAAGAGAUUCUCACAAGCCAUGAUGAAGAAGAGCGAAGGCUGGCCACUAGAGGACGCCAGAUACCCACACCAUCCUCCCGUCCAAAAACCUCACAGGGCUCUGGGACAAGAUGCAAGACCCUUGUAGUAUCCAAUGCACAACAAAAGUACUACUGUCAACUACUGUCAACAAGUUGA